AUGGCCGACCUCGUGAAGCAGUCAGUUGUGCAGUGCCCCGACAGCAAGAUUCUUCUCGUAGGAUAUUCGCAGGGCGCAAUGGUCACUCACGCUGCAAAGCUUUUGACACAUGAAAAGAUAUCAGCAAUUGCAGUCUUCGGAGACCCAGGCCGCUUAAUCCCCUUCGCCAAUAUCCCACCGGAGAAGACGAAGGAAUACUGCAACGAAGGGGACCCUGUUUGUCUAAAUGGCUUUAACUGGGAUGCACACGAGAGCUAUGGCGUGCUUGCAGACGAGGCUGCAACAUUCCUUAUCAAAGCCUCCAGCUAG